AGCGGAGAGCGGGGCCGAGCUUGAGUCGCUGGGAGCUGCAAGCGGAGGGGCGGGCGGAGCUGGCCAUGGCGGAGAAGUUCGACCACCUGGAGGAGCACCUGGAGAAGUUCGUGGAGAACAUUCGGCAGCUCGGCAUCAUCGUCAGCGACUUCCAGCCCAGCAGCCAGGCGGGGCUCAGCCAGAAACUGAACUUUAUUGUUACGGGCUUACAGGACAUAGACAAGUGCAGACAGCAGCUGCACGAUAUCAUGGUGCCUCUGGAAGUCUUUGAAUAUAUCGAUCAAGGUAGAAAUCCCCAGCUCUACACCAAAGAGUGCCUGGAGAGGGCUCUGGCCAAAAAUGAGCAAGUUAAGGGGAAGAUUGACACAAUGAAGAAAUUUAAAAGCCUGCUGAUUCAGGAACUUUCUAAAGUAUUUCCAGAAGACAUGGCCAAGUACCGGAGCAUUCGGGGGGAAGAUCACCCCCCCUCCUAAGUGUGUGAAGACCCCACACCCUUUAAUUGCCGGACUGAUCAGUGAGAAGCUGUGCCUGCCGACGCUGCCUUCCAGCCAUGUGAACUGGCCUUGCGCCUACCUCCAGCUCCCAUCCUCUUGACCUUGUGGGACACGGACUGGAGGAGCAGAGCUGUGCCCAGCUGUCCUGCAGCUCACAGACCCUUAGGUGGUCCCUUCUUUCUUUGGGGAAAGCAGGCAGGAAGACAGCCUUGCUGAAAUGUGACGUGGGAUUGGGAUCCUACUUGACGUUCUCUUCUUAUGUACUCUGUUCUGUUACAGUAUCAUGAGACAAAACUGGGUUUUAUAUUUCACAUUUUCAGAUGUGGUGCGUAAGAAUGCAAUUGUUUUCAUGAGUUUCAACUAGAUAGAAUAAAGUCUUAAGUUUUACAUG